CAAUUAAUAUAUUUUUAGGGUAAGGCAAUUCACUUUGAGUGCCGGAUAGAUUAGCCCAUGACGUAUUUUUAUGUCACGGAAAGUACGGUGCAUACCCGACGGUAGUUUUCUUGUUUAUCAGUCAUUUCCAGCUGAUUUUUCCAUCAUUUUUACAGAGAAGAAAACUACAAAGGAGACAACAUAGAGGAAGACCGUACUGAUAUGACCUAAAGCAUACUACGUCCACCAUUAACAGUCUGACCACUGCCCCAUCCUUCGUCUUCACCACGGCUUAGUUAACCUCUGACCCCCUUGGCAACAUGACAGUAGGGAUGAGAGGGAGUCCCACAGGGGGUGGGGACUCCGGGUCAGAGGGUAACCCAGCUACAGACACGAACCCCCAGCAACAGACCCAGCCACAGACCCCGGGACCGUCUCAGCCUAUUACACCGUCGAGUCCACAACAACCACCAACUCAGGGAGGAAGUGGAGACAGCGAUGUGGAAGUGGAUUUAGAAGAGCCAGAAUUCCCUCUGGAGGAAUUGAAUAGGUUGGAUGAUAUGAUCAACAAACCUCGGUGGGUCGUGCCUGUGUUACCCAAGGGGGAGCUGGAGGUGCUACUGGAGUCAUCUAUAAUCCUCUGCAAGAAAGGAGCUGAUGUACGCAGUGAGGCAUGCCAGCGAUUUUUCAGGGAUGGCCUGACGACAUCCUUCACAAAAAUUCUGACAGAUGAAGCUGUCAGCGGUUGGAAGUUUGAGAUCCAUCGUUGUAUUAUGAAGAACACAGAACGUCUGAUCGAGCUAUGUCUAGCCAAACUGGAUCAAGACUGGUUUCCUCUGCUGGAUCUUCUAGCUAUGGCACUAAACCCACUCUGCAAAUUUCAUGUUUACAACGGCACACGCCAGUCAGAAACCGUCCCACAAGGUUCACAGAUGAACAGCAAUGAAUUGUUUGCCAGACCUCCGGAUCUAAGAACCCCCAAAGGCUGGUUAGUGGAUCUGGUCAACAAGUUUGGUUCUCUGGGAGGAUUUGAUAUUCUUAUGAAGAGAUUCUUGAAUGAGACCCAGCCGUUAAAUGUACCUAUCAUACAUGCACUGCUAAGGCCAUGGGGACAGUGCUAUGAGUUACUGACUUCACAUAUAAUCCUGAGCCAUUUCAUGCCAGUCAUGGAUCGUAUUGUUAGUUAUUUGGACAAUCUAACAGAUGAAGAAUUGAAGAAGGAAUCCAAGAACGAGGCAAAGAACGAUGCUCUCACCUCAAUCAUCAAGUCUCUGAAGAACCUGGUAUCCAGGAUUACGAACCAAGAGGAUAAGAUCAAGAAUCUGGAGAUGUUUCGUCUCAAGAUGAUCCUCAGACUUCUUCAGAUAUCUUCAUUUAACGGCAAGAUGAACGCGUUGAAUGAAGUGAACAAGGUGAUAGCCAGCGUGUCAUAUUACACUCAUAAACACAGUGGUAUGGAGGAGGAAGAGUGGCUGACUGCGGAGAGAAUGGCUGAAUGGAUUCAGGAGAACCAAGUGCUUUCUAUUGUGUUGAGGGACAGUCUUCAUCAACCUCAGUAUGUUGAGAAGUUGGAGAAGAUCUUGAGGUUUGUGAUCAAAGAGAAAGCUCUGACAAUGGAGGACUUGGAUAACAUAUGGGCAGCUCAGGUUGGGAAACACGAAGCCAUCGUCAAGAAUGUACAUGAUCUUCUUGCCAAGCUAGCCUGGGAUUUCUCUCCUGAGCAGUUGGACCAUUUGUUUGACUGCUUCCAGGAGAGCUGGUCAUCCGCCUCCACCAAGCAACGAGAGAAACUUUUAGAAUUAAUCCGUCGACUAGCCGAGGAUGACAAAGAUGGAGUGAUGGCACAUAAAGUACUUGGUUUACUGUGGGCCUUAGCUCAUCAGCAGGAUGUACCAACGGAUAUUAUGGAUCAAGCUCUACAUGCUCAUACUAAGAUUCUGGAUUAUAGCUGCUCACAGGACCGAGAUGCCCAGAAGAUCCGUUGGAUUGAUCAAUUCGUUGAGGAACUACGGAAGGACAAGUGGGUUAUACCAGCGCUGAAACAAAUCAAAGAGAUUUGCUGCUUGUUUGGAGAGGCACCCCAGAACUACACCCACGCCCAGCGCUGUCCUCAUGUUCAAUAUCGUCAUGACGUCAUCAACAUGCUACAGCAGAAACACUCCCUCGUCACCUUAGUAGCUGAGAACUUAUCCAGUUAUAUGAACCAUGCCAGGCAGAUCGCUAAAGAAAACCCAGAGGUUGACCCCCAUGAUGUAUCAACAGACAGCCGGUACAGCCACGUUCAACAAGUGCAAGAGAGACUUAAUUAUCUAAGGUUCCUUCUGAAAGAUGGUCAGCUGUGGCUGUGUGCCCCUCAGGCUAAACAGAUCUGGAAUUGCUUAGCUGAAAACUCUGUCUACGUCAGCGACAGGGAAGCGUGUUUCAAAUGGUUCUCUAAUUUGAUGGGUGAGGAGCCUGACCUUGAUCCUGAGAUCAACAAAGAUUUCUUUGAGAAUAACAUCCUUCAACUGGAGCCUUCUCUACUAACGGAAAAUGGCAUCAUGUGUUUUGAUCGUUUCUUCAAAGCGGUGAAUUCCAAGGAGGGUAAACUGGUUGCUAAGAGACGUAACUACCUGAUGGACGACCUAGAGCUGAUUGGUCAAGACUACCUUUGGAGAGUCGUCCUCUGUGCAUCCGAUGAGAUCGCUAAUAGAGCCAUUGAUUUGUUGAAGGAGAUCAACACCAAUCUAGGACCAAGGUUACAAGGUGCUCAGGUUGACAUCCAUGAGGAUUUCAUCCAGUCCUGUAUGGAUCGUCUGAAAGCGAUGUAUGAUACUCUCCGUAUCCUUCAAGAAGAUAAAGAUGGAAAUGAUAAGGUGCAGCAGGAGGCGGUGAGGAUGACUCGAGUCUUGACGGUACUCAGAGAGUACAUCAGUGAAUAUGAUUCGGAGUAUACUGAGGAGAGAACUAUCCUGCCAAUGGCCAGAGCUCAUCGAGGCAAACAUGUGACGCUACUUGUGCGAUUCCCAAACCAAGGACGUCAGGGUGACGAUAUUGAUAUAUGGUCACAUACCAAUGAAUCUUUAGCAUCAGUAAGAAGGCAGAUACUGCUCAGAGUCAAGGCUAAUACGACGACAACUCGAGUUGAUCUUUAUGUGAACGGUGAGCUCCUAGACCCAACGGAAGAUCGGAGGCUAGUCGGAAAAAUUCCUCUCAGAGACAAAACGCUGAUUACAGCCAAGUUAUGCCCCGUGGGUACCAACAUGCCUUCAUCACCAGACAGCUCAUCAGAUUCCUCCACUGGUUCCCCGCAUCAUCCUUCUGAAGGACCCAAUGUAGAAGCCGAGAAAAGUCUACCGGGAGUGCUAAUGUCAACCCAGCAUAAGUACGCAGAUUUCAUCUUUCAUCUUGCUGAUAUGGGAUGUUCAUUGGAGAUCAAUCCACUUAGAGACGGUGCAAGAGCUCUCCUCAAAAUCAUCCCAUCUGAUACAGCAACUGUGGAUAUGUUGAAUGAAGUGUGUAAGCACAAUUCAAAACUCGGUGAACAAUCCUCAUCUCCAUCUUUAGAAUCUCUGUUCUUUGGCUCCUCGCAAUCACAAGUACUCUACCAUCUAGAGGUGGUGUAUUCCUUAUUGAUGCCUGCUCACAUGCCACAUGGAGAGUCUGCCUUUGAAUUCCAGUAUAACUUCUUGAAGAGCGGUGGUGUUAUGUGCGUUAUGAGUAUGCUCACCAAGAACAACUUCCUUCCCAACGCAGACACGGACACAAGAAGACUGUCCCUCCAAGUUGUCUUGAAGAUUGCUAAGCUGAUGUUAACUACGGUGGGUUACGCUAAGAUCGCCUUCGUUGCCGAGGCUUGUCAGCCAGACUCUGGAUCCCAAUCUCCACAGCUUCAGGUGUCUGCAAGCACUCACAACCAGGCAGUGGUGUUGCAGCAUGCACUGCAGCAUAUACCUAAUCCUAACGCUGAAUGUGUGCUAAGGAACGUUGCUGUUAGGCUAGGGAGACAUGCAGCUGAAGGGGCAAAGAUAGACACGCCAGAUCUAAGUGUGGUCAAAGCAGUGCAGAAGAUAGCCUGGUCAGCCGGUUGUGGAUGUCUGCAUCUAUUACAUGGCUCCAAUGAAGAGGUUCACAAAGGCUAUGAAAAGGAUAACGCUAGAAUUCCAGAGAGUGAAGACGUUGCAUUAUGUCGUGAAGCCCUAGAGGUACUCUCCGUCUGUCUAGCCUUGUGUCCAGCCGCUCUAGAAGCCCUCAACAAGGAUAAACCUUGGCAAUGUUUUAUUAUCGACCUCCUUCUACUGUCUAAGAGUCGACCCAUCAGGAUAUCUGCUAUGGAUCAGUUUCUCUUGAUGGCAACCAAGUGCUCCAACGGACAUAAACCGCUGUUUUUCUUCAUCACGCUCAGCUUUACUGUUCUUCCGAGUACAGCCAAGGACCAUUCCAAGCAUUGUUCAGAAUAUUUCUCUUUGCUCUGUCGUCUGCUCAACUAUGCCUUCGCUACCAGCACCGCCAUGUCUCAGGCUGAAAUACUCCUUAAUAAUGAGAUUGACUGGAUUAAGAAGAUUAGGGAUGUUGUCUUGAGUACCGGUGAGAAUUACUGCGAGGAAGGUCUUCUAGAAGGUCAUCUAGGUAUCUCUAAGGAACUUCUUGCCUUCAUGCCGUCAGAGAAGAAAUUUCAAAUUGGCUCCAAGAAAGAUGGAUGUCAACUUAUCAAGGAGCUGAUGGAAGACUUCUUAUUCCCAGCUUCAAAGAUAGUCGUCCAGACUCGUAAGAAUGGUGCUGAGACUCCCCUGGACCCCAUCAGACCAAUCUGCUACACUCCGCCCACCACAAACGCAGCUUUUGACCUCUUGGUGGCGCUAUGUAACAAUUGUGUACCCAACCUUAAGAUGGUUGCUGAGACACUCACAGAUAUGUACUACUCAGGUACAGAGGUGCCGUUGUCGGAGUGGGAGUACCUACCCCCUGUUGGUCCAAGACCAAACAACGGCUACGUCGGAUUGAAGAAUGCUGGGGCAACUUGUUAUAUGAACUCUGUCCUGCAACAGCUGUACAUGGUGCCAGAUAUCCGAAUGGUUGUUCUAGCUACAGAGGGAGCAGCCACAGAUGUAGAUGACGACUUCUCUGGUGAUGAAAAGCAGGACACAGAGACUAACAUUGACGUUGGCGAUGCUGAGCAUAGUGGUAGUCCAGAAGGGCAAUCAAUUCUCUCCAAACAAGAAGAACGGAAGGAAUACAACCUGUGUGUCUUGAAGCAAGUACAAGCCAUCUUUGGACAUCUAGCUGAGAGUAAGCUCCAGUACUAUAUCCCUAGAGGAUUCUGGAAGCAUUUCAAGUUAUGGGGCGAGCCUGUGAAUCUACGAGAGCAGCAUGAUGCCUUAGAGUUCUUCAACAGUCUAGUAGACAGCCUAGACGAUGCCUUGAAGGCUUUCGGUGCCAACGCCGUCUUCGCUAGAGUCCUUGGUGGCUCCUUCGCUGAUCAGAAAAUCUGUAAAGACUGUCCUCACAGGUACUCGAGAGAGGAAUCCUUCACGACUCUGAAUGUAGAUAUUCGUAAUCAUCAGAAUCUUAUAGAUUCCCUGGAACAAUAUGUCAAAGGGGAUCUGCUAGAGGGCGCUAACGCUUACCACUGCGAGAAGUGUAACAAAAAGGUGGAUACAGUGAAGAGGUUGUGUAUUAAAAAGUUACCGAGUGUCCUCGCUAUCCAGCUCAAGAGAUUUGACUACGACUGGGAAAGAGAAUGUGCAAUAAAAUUCAACGACUACUUUGAGUUUCCUCGGGAGUUUGAUAUGGAUCCAUACACAGUAGCUGGACUCGCUAAAAUAGAAGGUGAAGUAAUUCAUGAUGAAAGAGAGAGCAGUGACGAGAAUGAAGAAGAAACUCCACACAGCACGAGGUAUCGUCUAGUAGGUGUAGUGGUCCACAGCGGCCAGGCCAGUGGUGGCCAUUAUUACUCCUACAUACUGCAGAGAAAUGGUGAUUUGAAUGGGAAAUGGUACAAGUUUGACGACGGUGAAGUGACGGAAUGCCGCAUGGAUGAUGAUGAGGAAAUGAAGAACCAGUGCUUUGGAGGAGAAUACAUGGGAGAGGUGUUUGAUCACAUGCUCAAAAGGAUGUCCUACAGGAGGCAGAAACGUUGGUGGAAUGCGUACAUCCUCUUCUACGAGCGGAUGGACCCGCCUAAGAAAGAUCUCGAUAAAGCACUGGAAAAUCUGACCAUCACCCCAAAGAACCUGAUGAAGAUGCCAGCGUCGAUCCAACGCCGUGUCCGACGUCAGAAUAUCCAGUUCAUGCACAGUCGUAUGCAGUACAGCAUAGAAUACUUCCAGUUUAUCCGGAAAUUGGUGACGUGUAAUGCUGUGCUGUUUAACAUCCCUCAAGGACAGGACCAGUUGGGUCCUGAUGCCGAAGAGCUUGCCAUGAUUAGUAUUCAACUAGCAUCCAGAUUCCUCUUCAGUGUUGGCUUUCAUACUAAGAAAACACUACGGGGACCAGCCACCGAGUGGUAUGACGCCCUCUAUGUUCUAUUACGGAGCAGCAGGAAUGUUCGUCGGUGGUUUGCCCAACAUGUUCUCUUUGCACAUCCGUCAAGGUUCUCAGAGUACCUCCUAGAAUGUCCGAGCUCAGAGGUUCGGAAUGCGUUUGCUAAAGUCAUCGUAAUCUUAGCUCACUUCUCGCAGCCAGAUGGUCCCUUUAGUCCACAGGGACAUGUGGGUCAAAGUUCAGAGACGUCUGGUACCCUGAGUGACUAUCUACUCCAUGCUGUCUUGUCUCUUCUUAAAAAGGAGGUCUCUGACCAUGGAAGACACUUGACACAGUACUUCCAUCUCUUCCAGAUGUAUGCUAACCUUGGUGUACCAGAGAGAACACAACUACUGAAGCUGAACGUACCAUCAACCUUCAUGCUAGUAGCUUUGGAUGAAGGACCCGGACCAGCUAUUAAGUACCAGUAUGCAGAACUUGGCAAACUCUACUCCGUCGUGUCUCAACUAGUUAGGUGUUGUGAUGUCAGCUCACUAACUCAGUCAUCAGUGGCGGGAGUUGCCGCUCUUGAUAACCCCCAUGGUGAUAACGUCUGUAUCCAAUCCAUCAUGCCGAUUCAACAACAAGUAGCAGAUCAGCUGUUCCUAAGAGGUGGUUAUGUCAAGAAACUUAUUGAAGAUUGUAACAACUCAGAUGAGACGACCAAACUUCUUAAGUUCUGCAGCUGGGAGAAUCCCAAGUUCUCUUCAAUGGUACUUGGUGAGCUUCUAUGGCAGGUAGCUUACUCCUACACCUAUGAGUUAAGACCCUACCUAGAUCUACUCCUACAGAUGCUCCUCCUGGAAGAUUCAUGGCAGAAUCAUCGCAUCCUAAACGCUCUCAAAGGUAUACCAGAUGACCGGGAUGGAUUAUUUGACACAGUGCAACGUUCAAAGAACCACUAUCAGAAGCGCGCUUAUCAGUGCAUCAAAUGCAUGGUUUCGCUAUUCUCAAACUGCGAAGCAGCGGGCAGGCUGCUGGCAUCACAUGGUGAUCUCAAACGCAAAUGGAACUGGUCGGUAGAAUGGCUUGGAGAUGAACUGGAGAGGAGACCAUACUCGGCCAAUGCUCAGUACACGUAUAAUAAUUGGUCACCACCGGCUCAGUCCAAUGAGACAUCCAAUGGCUACUUCUUGGAACGAUCGCACAGCGCUCGUAUCACACUCGCUAAAGCUUGCGAGCUCUGCCCUGAUGAUGAACCAGAAGAUCUAGAUGCCAUGGAUGAGCAGGAGGGGUCACCUCAAGACGAUCCUCCGGUUACCAACUACCAACAACAUCUGCCCCACCUACAGCAGCCUAAUAACCAAACAAUCACAUCACAGGCGCAAGAUGAAGAGACAUCACCACAAGAAGAAACGCCCGCAACUACUAACGUACAAAAUAAACCCCAGCAAGCACCCAACAACCAACAGAAUGUAACAGCACAGAACAGUCAGCUACAGCCACAAGUGCCAAACAACCAGCAGCCUCAGAAUUUCCCCCCAAACAACCACCAAGCUAAUAUCCACAGACACCCCAAUGCUAUCAACAACACCCUUCAUGGCCCACCCAACCCCCCAGCUCAUCGGGGGCAGCCAGGAGAGGAGACGCUCGAACAGACCACAGCAACAGAGGAAGGAGAGGCUUAUCCUAGCAACAAGGAUAAAGAAGCGCAAUAACAAAUUGCCUAAGAUGUUUGUGUUAUACUUGUAGAUCCCUUGUAUAAGUGCAUCACAGCUAAGGUCAAGUUUGAGCGAGGGACUAAAGUCGACCAUUGGGCAAUAUUGUCUGGUACCCAGGAUGUACUGCAUGCAUAGGUAACCAUGGAAUAUUGACUAGUGGUUGACAUUAUGGUUGCCACUUGACUUUGCUUUUAAUCUUUGGCCUUGUCAAAAGCGUCGCAUGUGAAAGGACUGCUUUGGUACAGCAGACAUUUUUCUGAUACUAUGUUACUGUCCUCAAGACAAUUAAGUGGAAAUUAGCAUGUGAUUGUUUUUUUUUUCCUUCUUGGAGAUUGCCUGUAACUGGUUGCCUGUAAAUCGCCUCUUGUGACAUGGUCCUUAGGCCUCUACCCUGUCCACCAUGUCGAGGGCUUGUGUCAAAAACAAAGUAUGGUACAAUUUGAAGUCUGCAACUAUGAUUUGACAUACUUGCCAACAAGUGUCAUUUGUAAUCGCCUAAAAUGAUACAGUGCUAUUUGAUGGCAUUUUUCACAAGGGGUUCUACUUUAGUUUGAUCAGGGCCUUACUUCAUGAAGCUGUUAAGCAGAUGCUAAGCAAGAAUUGAGUGUAUUACUCGUACUGUACACCGCAUUGUAUUUGGCUGGUAUACUAUUUCUGCUAAGCCAUCUAUUUCUGUGCUUAGAAAGUUUUUAUGCUUACAUGCUUUAUGAAAUUGAGCCUUGUGCAUAAAGCUCACUCAAGUGAUCGUCAGCUUUUUGUGAUAAAUAAUUCUGCUGAAGCGUCAACUGUGAGGUUUUUAUGUGGGUCUUGGUAAAAACCAAUGUUUGUUGUUGCGGCCUUGUGUCUGGUAUGUUUUGUUUCUGUCUGAAAUUGUCUUAAGUGUCGUAAAAACAUUGGGGAAAAUGUGAAGUGAAGAGGUUGGCCUUGGAUGCAGUGUCAAUCACAAUAAUUAAAUAGAUGUUAAAUUUGCGUCCGGGAUAGCAAAUAUCAUUUGCUUUGACCCUUACACCGAUGUGUUUUAAGCACUGCAUACCCAGUACUUUUCUCAAUUCCUCUGAGAAAUUGUUGCUUUGUGCGCUCCUAACAUAUAGGGUUCAAACUGUUUCUAGCUACUGGGCAUUUUUUGUAGUCUAUUGGUAAGUCAUCUGCUCUACUUCUAGCAAAGGAUCAUGGGUUUGAAUCCUAGGAACAUGGAUGUGGAUUGAUUUUUUUACAGGACUCUGGAAAGUAGCGAGUACACGGUGCUUUACACGCAUUGGUGUUUGGGUAAAACUAUAUACUAUUCACCAUAAUUUAGUUUACGCAGACUAUAUGAAGAACUCUUCAAGUUAAUCUAUAUGCUGUUAGAAUUAACUGCUAACAUUGCAUACAAGACGACAUUAUUCAUAUAGUAAGAGUUAACCAAAGUAAAGUUGGCCGAGAUAAUUAUUAAAAGUAUUGACUAAUAUAUUGCCUACAAAGAUCGCAACAUGAUGUGUUAGAAAUAUAGUUGUAUGCACUACACACACAAAAUAUAUGUAUAUACAAUACGCAGAUGUCAAAUCUCUGACAAAAAUAAACAAGUGCACUUUUUUCCGCACCACGCCUAUUUGAGCGAUUCCUUUCACAUCAAAAUGUGAGGAAUUUUUGGAGUUGUGCAAUUUUUUUGAGCGUCAGGGGCUGAGAAGAAAAACCCAUCGAGCUGUUUCAUGAUGCUGCAUCAUGGCUGUUGAAAUGUUUGUACAGAAAUUCAUGUCAAAUAAAAAGCCUGUAAUCUGCAUGCUAUUAUAAACCUUGAAAGAGUUUGGCUUUUGCAUGGCGGAGUAUCUGGUUGGUUAAUGUGAAAAUAUAAUGGACGUUACUUCACUACAAACGCAAAGUUUUUUGUUGAGAAAAAUGUCUGUAGCGGCUGCUUCGCUUAGCUCAAAUCUUGUUGAGCUGUUGAAAAUUUUUUGCAGACCUGGAAUUACACAGAGACGAAAGUCGUCAGUCUCCCCAUGGCACAGAAAAUAUUGCUUUACAACUCAUUGCUAAGCAGAAAUAAGAACAGUACCAGUGACAAAUUGUACAUCUGACAUGGUAGUUUUGCUGGUAACCUUAUUCUGGUAAGCUUAAUUUGUUGUGCUUAGCAUGUUUUUGUGCUGAAGCAACUCUAUAAUAUAGGGCCCCAGUCUUGGAUGUCAGUUUUUUCCAGAGACUUCAAGAUGUUUUAAUAAAAGUUCCUUAUUCAAAAUGAAAAUUACUUAACCGUACAAAGAUAGUUCCAGGCCUGUAUUUGCAAGAAUUUGUUCAUUUUGUUGUCGUGUUUAAUGGCUAAGACUGAUUAAGGAUAAUGUGAUUCUGUGUAAGAUGUGACACAUGGACAUUCAGUCUUAUCUACGUAACUUGGAACAAACCUGUGAAAAUAUCUUCAAAUUUGAUGACCAUGGUAUCGUCAAAAGGAUAAAAACCACUUUCCUGCUAAUGUUGGAUUUGGAAAGGGGUGGGGGUUGCAUAUUUUGUAGACUAUUCGCACCUAUUUAUGGAAAUUAAAAUAUAAUUUUUAAGUUUAGUUUGUAUAAAUUUGCCUUAUGUUUGGGUAAUUAUUUACAGACAGUAAUUGUUUUGUCAACGCCUCCAAAAAUUUUGUGUUGGUGUUGUAAAAUGGGUUUGGAUGCACGCAAAAGCAAAGUUGGUUAGGAACUUUGCCUUCUGUAUCGAGGAUGUUUCAAUCGGAAGAUUUGCUUUUGUUUGGUCCUCCUUUUGCAGCUAUUGUUAAGCUUAGUAAUUGUUGGUAAGCAAAACCUGGUUACUAACCAAAAUGCUAUAAUAUAGUAUACUCUUUGUGACUGGUUCCCUUCUAAUUUAUGCUUAGUUAACAUUUUGUUAAGCAAUAGUAUUCACCCAUCUUUGAACUGUUGAAGUUUCUGGACAUUUUGCAAGUCAUUUUUACUGAUAGACCCGAAACUGUCUUAUUCAAAUCCUAUUUUAUGAAAUUUAGCAUAAAGAAAACUACUUUGUACGCCUGUAUGAGUUUAGUACUCAUUUUUUUAUUUCCUUGUUUCACUUUGCGUUUGUAAUCUAUCUUGUGACCUAAUUAUCACUGUUUGGCUUUGUUCUUAAAAGUCAUCUUUCUUUUGUUGUAAUACGAGUGUAGAUUGUUUAUGAGUGAUUACGACAGUCCUUAAACCCUCACCCUCCAAGAAAAAAUUCAAAUCUUUAUUUUCUUAAAGUUUCAAGGAAGGGCGUGUCUUCUGUGACUUUUGUAUUUAUCGGACAGUAGAUGUACUUUGUGAUGCCAGGUUUGGGAAAAAAAUUCUCCAGUCCCAGAAAAACUGAAGGAAAUCUUUGUUUGUUUCUAGAUGUUAUUAUGGAAUUCAUUAUAUAAAUAAAUAUACCAGAGAUAACUUGGAACAAAAUAAACAAGUUACAAAAUAUGAUUAAAAAAACUUAUUUUGUUAUAAUCUAUGCAGGGUGGUUGAGUUGGAAAGCAUUGUCAAUGUUCUUUGAAUAGUUUGGUAUUUUGGAUAAAUCUCUGAAUGCCGCAGAAGCCUAAACUUUGAAAGGUUUGCAGCAAGCUUUUCUAUGCGUUUAUUUCAAUAAAAUUGGAUCAAAACUUUGUGCUGAACAAAGUUUGUUAACAUUAAUAACAAAUUGCCCUUAUAUGAUUUGGGUUUGUAAAUAUGUUUAAGAAAAUAAACACAAAAUAAGACAAGAAAAUGUAUAGCUAUUUAGCAACUGACGUACACAUGUUAUUAGAACAGUGUAGUCAAAACAAAACAUGAUUUAAUUCAUAGCCAUUAACAAAAGUUUCUCAGAGCUUUCGUAGGUUAAAGUAGAUCUAGCCAGAAGGCUUUAUAAUUUAUAAAAAACAGUUUAUAAAAGUGCAAAUUAUAAAAUCCAGUGAUUUCUAUUAUCAAAAAAAAAAGUUAUGGAAAACCAUUUGCUUAUGGUUUAUAGUGUAAAGAUGACAUUAUUGAAAGCUAGUGUUUUUUAGGGUUUAUUGUAUUGUAUUGAUCAUAAUUAUUCGCACGGGGAUUAACAACGACAAAAUAACUUCAUUUUCAGUUGAAUAAUGUUAACUGUAUGUGUGAUAAUUGAUGGAAAAACAAAUAAUGGAACUUUCCAUCCUAUCCCUAAUGUUGUAUGUACAAUGGAAGAUUAAACCGCUCUGGGGCACGCGAUGACAUGUUCCGUUGUUUCUGACAA